GUUAAUUAAUUGUAUUUGAGACAUAUCUUUUUUUAUCGGGUCAGGGGUUUCAAUUAUUGAAGGUGAUCCUCAAGAAAUUACAAUGGAGCUGGAGGUUCAGUGGGAUGGAAACCCAUGCAUCGUCCUUGAUAUUACUACUACACUUUGUGUAUCAAUACCCAUUGAAGUUUAUUCAGGAUAAUAUUCAAACCGCUAGUUGACGAGUUUCCAUGUUUUGGAGCUAUUAGUUACUCCUUACGUAAAAAAGAGAAGCUUAAUUUUCGACUCAAAGUUUGUGGCAAUAUCUCAACUGUUCCUGGGGUGAUCGACGGUCUUAAGAUCUUAAUUUGACACUGUUAGAGUACCAUACUGAAUUCAAUUGAAGAUUCCAUCACAUGGCCAGUGCGACAAAUCAUUUCCAUAUUACCAGGAGAUUAUAGUGAUCUGGAGUUAAAGCCAGUUGGGAUGUUAGAAGUGAAGCUCAUACAAGGUAAAGAACUCACAAAUAAGGACUUGAUUGGAAAAUCUGACCCGUUUGCUGAAGUAUUCAUUCGACCACGACGAGAGAGAAUCAAGACUAGCAAAGUUAUAAACAACUCCCUAAACCCGGUUUGGAAUGAGAGCUUUGAGUUUGAAGUUGAAGAUGCAUCCACUCAACACUUGACUAUAAUGGUUUAUGAUGAUGAGGGUAUUCAAGCUUCUGAAUUGAUAGGAUGUGCUCAAGUAUAUUUGAAAGACCUCCAGCCUGGAAAAGUGAAGAGUUUGUGGUUGAAACUUGUGAAAGAUUUACAACUUCAAAGGGACAACAAAAAUAGAGGCCUGAUUCACUUGGAGCUGUUAUACUGUCCCUAUGGCACACGGAGCAUCUUUAUGGAACGUUUCAACCCCGAUGACUUUUCGCUGACGGACUUGGAAAAGGCCAUUAAGCCAGAAACAGCCAUACAAAACACAAUUGGUGGUAGUCUCCUCUUUAGAGGAGUUCUCUCUGUGACUGUAAUAUGCGCCAAGGACUUACCACCAACGGGCUUAUUCCGAAGCUGUGACCCGUACGUACUAAUAAUAUUGAAAAAAUCCGAACUCAAGGAGAAAACUAGAGUUGCUGCCAAGACACCAAAUCCAGUAUGGGACCAAACAUUUGAGUUUGUCAUUGAGGAUGGAUUGCAUGAUCUGUUAAUAUUUGAAGUUUGGGAGCACCAUGUAUGCCGAAAUGAUAGAAUUGGGCGAUGCAUAAUGACACUCGCCAGAGUUAUAAUUGAUGGCGAAAUCAGAGAUUGGUUCGAGAUAGAUGGAGCAACGACUGGGACGCUGCACUUGAACAUCAAAUGGACACCUCAACCAAUAAUCCCAUGACUGCUUCAUUAUCUAUGGUUUUAAAUACUUACUAUUUUGUGUUAAAUAUGUUAGACUUUAUCCUCUUGCGAGCAUAUAAAUAGAUUGAAGUUUA